GCGGAUGACCAACCUCGGGGCGAAACCAGCACCAAACGUCCGGUACUCGAGAGUGUUCCAUGCUUGCCAAAACUGACACCAUGCACCGUCCUCCUUAUCUCCUACCGGAUGCAGCAAGAGCGCGUGAGCUCUGCAUGCCAGCUUCCAUAUCUGAUUAACCCCAAGCGACUGUGCCCCCACUGUGUGUUAUUCUUAGACCGNNCCAUUCUUGUUUACCUGCAAGAUUACCAAGCUCACAAUGACGCCCAACGAACUGGGUCCGAUUCAGCACUGGCUCUCUUUUCCAGAAAAUGNNCCCUGGCCGGAGACGACUUGUUCACAGACCGUAGUGGGGUUCANNUGAGCAGUCUGGGACGGCGUUGCGCGUCAAAUGCGCCUUUGCUCUGUCAUGCAUGUGUCUGCGAACUCAAGAGUUUGGAACUAACCCAUCCCCGAGUCAUUUUCCUCAGACCCUGGUCAAGCGCUGGCUCGUGUUUGGGAACGCUAUGCGAUCCAUCCGGUCAGUUUAAUAACGGCCCGCGCAUCAUGUGUGUGUCCAUC